CGCCGGGAAGAUAUAACAUGAUUUAGAGAAAAUCCGUUACCCCGCGGCCAUGAAAAUGUAUAGGAAAGGUGCACCUGCGGAGGUGAAUUCUCAAACGGAUGCAGUGUCUAGGGCACUGACUUAAGUUGGUGUCAUACUACAAACCAGUAGUGGCCAGUGAGGCACAAUAAGAUAAUAUCUACGUGAAACAUACUGCGAAGGCGGACUUUACAAACAGCCACAACGAAGCAAGUAGGCAUGACGUCGCGAAUAAUCUGGAAGAUUGAGAACGUGAAUAUCAUCUACUACACGAAUGUCUUACUUGGCAGAUACCUGUAUGCAGUAUAAUGACGUUAGCUCAACCGGAGGCCCCAGCUGUAAGUUUAGCUUUACGAUAAUUCGAUUUAUGUAUUCUACAGGCGACAAUUUGUGACAAAUUCAAUUGUCAAUUUACAGUAUCUUUAAAAAAUAACAACAAUCAUUUCAAACUCUUCCUAUACGUUCGCAUACUUAUGUUCAUAAAUAAAGUCGUGGUUUAGUAUCGUGCGCCGGUUGAUUCAACGGCCGAAAGUUUAGUACCUUCGUUUAGAGACUGGAUCAACGAAAAAUAUAAGGAAUGUCGCAUUCUGUGACCGCACUAAUGAAGUUAUCCGUAUUUGCGUUAUUUGACCGUGAAUGGGAUAAUUAAGUUACAGCCCCGGAAUAAGCUAUGGCUUCAAUAAUCUAAUUAAAACUUAACAGAAUGAGACUAGAUCAUGGCAGUAUCAUGCAAAUACCUCCAGUGUGGCAAAAGCCGCCAUUUGAAUGCGACAUCUCGUGUGCCACGGUAGGCAAAAUUGUUAUUCAACACCAGGAACGUACAUCCGUACGACAGCUAGCUCGACGUGUUGACGUAUUAUCGCCAGAUGGUUGAACGCAUGUACAUAUAGUGUUAAUUUUUGGCAUUGUAUAAACAACCGUUAUAAUUUAAUAUACAUACAACACUGCCAUAAUAUACGAUAGACAGCAUCAUCGGACUUGGGUAACUUAGAAGGUCGGCCCGCACUGUGGAUAUUGACAAAAAAGUCUUGGAACAGAGGACACGCUGUACGAUACGUGCAUACACGUAGACACCCUGGUAGAAUGGAUAGCGUAACGAAGGCACUCUCGACGCGUCAAGAGGCUGAAGCGUGUGAAUCGAAAAUUUGCGGGAAUACGGUAAGUCCCGCAUGGGAUUCGACGAACACAAAGAGCGAUAAUUGUGCCAUGGAGACCGUGGAUUCAUUCAACGCGAAAAAUACCGGGGACAUGUCGUAUCUUCUGCCUUCGAAGCCGAAGCUGAAGAAAUCGGUGAACGGCUCGGCGGGAAAACCGAAACGCAAAUCACGAACAGCCCGUAGGCGAUUGAACGCUCAGACAAACAAUGCGUCGCUGCACUUCUCCGACACGGACUCCGAAGGUGAGUUGGUAUUGCUGAAUCCACGUUCCGUUAUCGUCGUACCGUCGAGAGACCUGCAUGAAAUGUGCGGUCACAUCGACAUGCCAAAUCCGACGAUUUCGGUGACGACGGAUGAACUCGAAUGCCACGGGACAAACGCAAACGACAUCGAUUUACGUGAACUUAAACUAUCGACCCCCAACCAAAGCAGAAGGCAGAGUUUCGUGGAGAAUUUGACCGACUGCGAUGACAUAUACAGCAGUGAACCCGAGGUGUUGCAAAAUGAUGGAGACAGCGCGGACGCCGCCAACGAGUUAUUGAAGGUAAUUAAUUGCUCCGGACAACUACGUGAAACUGAUUGCGAGGAUUUAUCGAUCGAUGGUGAUGACUGCGAUGAGGAUUACUCCGGACGGCCGAUUUACGUGCCGAUUAGAACCGACAUACUCGCGGACUUGAACGGCGAGAGGAUAACGACCAAGGAGGGUGACGGCCCAUUUUCAAUUGAAGUCAGGAACCAGUUGUCUUUUGACGAAGGCGCCGCCGUACCUAUCAACACAGGUAACCGAGAUCACGGAGAUGACUUUGUACCUCCGCCGGUGAUCACGGCAACGGGUACAGAUAGCGAAGACAUGGACGCAUCCGAUGAAGAGGAUGCGAUGAUCGGUACCCGUCGGACAUUCGACGAGAUAUUCCAAGAUCUCGAUACUGGGACAACGUCGCAGAUUGUUGUCAGGAACUUGAACAUGAUCGACGAAGCUCAUCAUCGUCUGGGCGUCAACAAGCCGGUGAUUUACGACGGUACCGCCGACGGGCAUACCGACGUCGAGGAUAUUGAGUGAUGUAUCUCCAUGGCACGCGUACAGCCACAGGACAUGAUAUUCAUUUCGAGAGAUGACUAUUAUAAUUAUUGCGAUAAACGAAAUCGUAAAUUAUACCAAUGAGUAGUAUACUUAUACAUUAUGGUAUACCGAGAGUUUUUCUUGGAAGAACUUGCCCGACAAUAAAUGCCACUCGUCUAGUUUAUAAAUGUAGCCAAUUUCGUAAAAUCUCGUCGUAAACACUUGUCAACCGGUCCAUUCUAGGGAACUUGUCCUUGUCCGUUGUCAGUAAAGUUUUAUGCUUCAGGCUGUGAGCAUGGAUGUCAGCCAAUCAAAAUUAAGCACGCUGAUAGCGAGCGCUACGAGCAGGCCCUUCCAAGAAAAAGCUCUGGAUAUGUAUAUGCAUUAGCAGCUUGUAAGGUAUGAUAUGCAAAGUAUCCGUCUGACAACGAGAGGUCUAAUGGACAAAGGUGUAUCUAACAUAUAUACAUACAUACAGUAGCAGUCAAAAGUAUUUUGACAAAGAUAGUAAUUAGGUUGGUUAUACACAAAUAUAAAAUAUGAAAACCAAUUGUAUUUUUUAUUAAAACAAAUUCUAUGUUCUACAUUAUUGUAGAAAAUUAACUUUCGUUCGCUAGAAAAUAAAGUUGCAGUGAUGAAAAAUAAGAAUUAUGCAUCAAAAUAAUAACGAAUUUCGUAUUCUCAAAAUACUUUUUAACGCUACUGUUGGUACAUACAUGUGGGUAUAUUAUAUAACAUAACGUAAAUGGCAAAAUGGCGAAGGAUGACAACUCCAUGGACGACAAUUAGGUGCGGUAUAUGGUGCCGAAGUCAUCUUCAGUUCAGAAACAACUAUGCAUGUUUAUGACAUCUUUACGUUGUGUGUGUAAAUUCCCGGCUCGUUCCUAUAUUUUGAUCCCGUUCACAUGUAAAACUGUACCUGCACGUGCAUGUGAGGAAACAUGUAUAUUGAAUGCAGGUGUAAGGUAGAUGCAGACUUGCAAUGUAUAAUAUAAAAUUACAUGAUUAUUAUGGACGGUCGACAUACGUUGGAAAGGUGUAUCUUUAACCUGUACUUGUAUAAUCCAAUCUUGAAAGGUUUGUCAUUAUAUCUGCCAAGUCCCAUUAUCAUAUGUUUGGUCAUCAACAUCAUUUUACUGAUUGAUGUUACAGUUCGAUAUAUGGUCAUAUACAUAUACAUAUAAUACAUGUUGUAUACCCCUGUAUGGGUUGGUAAUAAAAAAAAUAAAAAAAAUAA